AUGCCGUUCGACCUGAGUAGCGAGCUCUUCGACGACGUCCCCGACUUCGAUUUAAGGCGAGAGCGACUUAGCUUCCGCGACUCGGAUGCAGAACGGCAUCGCAAGGUAACGCUUCAGCGCAGAAAGCAGCGACUGAGGGUCAAGAACGAGCGCGAAGAACUGAAGCGGGAAGUGCAGGAGCUGACCCAGCAACUGAAGAAGCUAAAGCUGGACAAGAUGAAGACCCCCCUCAGAUCCACCCACUCCUUCUGGAGAAACCAAGCUGCUUGGCAGCGACAACAACGAACGCGAAUGGAGGCGCAGCAACAGCUACUUGCUCGAGUCGCGCAAGUACAGGAGUCGUACAUCGAGCAUCUCCAAACGUUAAUUCCCGAUCACGUCGCGGCGCUGCUGCACUCGAACACGAACAUUUUCCACCACCUUGGCGGAGCCACCCGUCACAACCCCCCACGGAGUAUCGUGUCAGCCGACGCAACCUUGUGCAUGGCGUUGAUCCGAGAGACCGAUGCGUGCUACGCCCGCGUCGAUGACAUCAUACGUGACUGCGGGAUUGCAGCGCUACCUGAUGGAGUAUCGAACUCUGUUCUCCCAUGCAAAUGGGACGAGAAAGUGAAGUGCUACCAGCAUCUAGACAAGUUUACGACGGAAAAAGCGGUGUGGAAAUUGUCAAAGCUGCGCCAUCGACAGCAAGAUCGGGAGGCUGUCGAAGGUUUGGUAGACUCCAAAGAUAUCACCAUCCUCCGCUUCCGCCUUGUUCGGAAACUACCGACCGCGGAGAAGGGGUCACUGCUACAACGAUAUGUUGGUAGGCGAUAUGUGGAGGGGGACCGGGCGGUGUACACCUGGAAAAUCUGCUCGGAAGGCGAGGGGAUUUUUAGCGGGAUGCAUUGCGACGAAACCGGGUGGUGUAUCCUUCGAGCGUCCGCGGAUGGAUUAUCGUCGACUGCGGAGAUAUGCACGCGUCAAAUCCCCGUGGUGUUGAGCAAGCGGAAGGCACAGGGCCUGGCAGCCAGCGAGUUUGGGCAAUUGUUACAAGACGCAGUUGGUGACGACGAAUGCGAACGCGCUAGCGUAGUCCAAAGAGCUCUUCUGAAAGCUGUAAUGGUGGCAUCUUCGGAGUCGACUGGUUCGAACACGUGGUGA